GCCGGGCAAGGCGCCUCGGCGGGCGGGCGGAGAGGCCAGCGCUCCCGGUUUGGCGCCUGGGGCCGCCUCCCCCCCUCAGCUUCACCCACCAGACCGCGGGGGAGGAUGAACCUGGAGCGGCUGAGGAAGCGGGUGCGGCAGUACAUCGACCAGCAGCAGUAUCAAAGCGCCCUGUUUUGGGCAGACAAAGUAGCUUCACUGUCUCAUGAGGAACCACAAGAUAUCUACUGGUUGGCCCAAUGUCUUUACUUAACAGCUCAGUAUCAUAGGGCAGCACAUGCCCUUCGAUCGCGUAAGUUGGAUAAGUUAUAUGAAGCGUGUCGCUACCUUGCAGCUAGAUGUCAUUAUGCUGCAAAAGAACAUCAACAGGCCCUGGAUAUUCUUGAUAUGGAAGAGCCAAUCAACAAAAGACUUUUUGAAAAGUACUUGAAGGAUGAAAGUGGAUUGAAAGACUCUACCACAGACUGGGAGAUGUCGCAAUCCUCUAUCAAGAGCUCUAUAUGCCUUUUGCGAGGGAAGAUCUAUGAUGCUUUGGAUAAUAGAACCCUAGCAACAUACAGCUACAAAGAGGCCUUGAAGCUUGAUGUUUACUGCUUUGAAGCAUUUGAUCUUUUAACAUCGCACCAUAUGCUGACGGCACAAGAAGAAAAAGAACUUCUUGAAUCUCUACCUCUUAGUAGACAAUGUACAGAAGAAGAACAAGAAUUGCUUCACUUCUUAUUUGAGAAUAAAUUGAAAAAGUAUAAUAAACCCAGUGAAACACUGAUUCCUGAAUCAGUAGAUGGUCUUCAGGAAAACCUGGAUGUGGUAGUAUCCUUAGCUGAAAGACAUUACUAUAACUGUGAUUUCAAAAUGUGUUACAAGCUUACUUCAGUAGUGAUGGAAAAAGAUCCUUUCCAUGCAAAUUGUUUACCUGUGCAUAUAGGGACACUUGUGGAGCUUAAUAAAGCGAAUGAGCUUUUCUAUCUUUCUCACAAACUGGUGGACUUGUACCCAAAUAAUCCUGUGUCAUGGUUUGCAGUAGGAUGCUACUAUCUCAUGGUUGGCCACAAAAACGAACAUGCCAGAAGAUAUCUCAGCAAAGCUACUACACUUGAGAGAACCUAUGGGCCUGCAUGGAUAGCAUAUGGACAUUCAUUUGCAGUUGAGAGUGAGCACGACCAAGCAAUGGCUGCAUACUUCACAGCUGCACAGCUCAUGAAAGGAUGUCAUUUGCCGAUGCUCUAUAUUGGACUGGAAUAUGGUUUGACCAACAACUCCAAGUUAGCUGAAAGAUUUUUCAGCCAAGCUUUAAGCAUUGCACCUGAAGAUCCUUUUGUUAUGCAUGAAGUUGGAGUGGUUGCAUUUCAAAAUGGAGACUGGAAAACUGCAGAAAAGUGGUUUCUUGAUGCACUGGAAAAAAUCAAAGCUAUUGGAAAUGAGGUAACAGUUGAUAAAUGGGAGCCUUUAUUGAACAACUUAGGACACGUCUGCAGAAAACUCAAGAAAUACGAGGAAGCACUGGAGUACCAUCGCCAAGCUCUAGUACUAAUUCCUCAAAAUGCUUCUACUUACUCUGCCAUUGGCUACAUACAUAGUCUAAUGGGCAAUUUUGAAAGUGCAAUCGACUAUUUUCAUACGGCCCUUGGCCUUAGAAGGGAUGACACAUUUUCAGUCACGAUGCUUGGACAUUGCAUAGAAAUGUAUAUUGGUGAUUCUGAAGCCUACAUUGGAACAGAGAUCAAAGACAAAUUAAGAUGUUAUGACUUUGAUGUACACACAAUGAAGACAUUAAAGAACAUAAUUUCACCUCCCUGGGAUUUCAGAGAAUUUGACAUAGAAAGACAAACUCUGGAUGAAAGUGGCAUAGUAACAUUAGAGACAUCACAUCAAAGGAAAAGUACAGAUACCAGUCGCCCACUGGAAGAAACAUUUGAGAUUGAAAUGAAUGAAAGUGAUAUGAUGUUAGAAACAUCAAUGUCAGACCAUAGUACGUGACCAUAAAUGCUGGUAGAGAGCUCAUUUUGUCUAAGUGUAAUAUGUUUGUUUUAGCAUUCUUGUUAUGGUGUUAUACUUUCAAGAAUUUGCUAUUUUUAUAUGAAUUCAAACUACUACUCUGUACUUAACACCGGAGAAAUAAUGCUUGCCUUAAGGAUGAUUAAAAAGUAUACAUGAUGGACUAUUUCUACAAAAUUAAUCAUACGUGACAAACUAAAAAAUAAAUUCACUUUUUUUUAAAA